CACCCGACCAGGGUCAGAAAAAGUUACCCAUAAGCAGACGCAGCUCAAAUAAACAUUGAUCCUCAAUUGAAGCAUCGUAACUUGAUCCAAAUUUGUCACCGCAAUUCCAUUGCCUUCUUCGCUCUGACCGGCUAGCAUGCCUUCAACAGCUCAGCUAUCGCGCAUACAUCAACUGCCAUCGAACAUUCGGCAAAUCAUCGUCAAGAAUGCGAGUUGCACAAGACUUCCGCUGAUUGCGAAACGACAGCUGUUGCAAGCAAUAACGCGUCCGCAGCUUGGUGCCUUGACCACCACAUAUACUUCACAGCAGCAGCGAUGUAUAACCAUAAACCAGCUAGAUUCUGGACGAGACAAUCGAGAGCGUGUCGUCAUUCUUGGGAGCGGAUGGGCCGGCUUCACCGUUGCAAGACAGCUUGAUGCGAAGAAAUACCAAACUGUGGUAGUAUCACCAAGAUCCUACUUUGCAUUCACCCCACUUCUCGCCUCGACAGCUGUCGGAACACUGGAGUUUCGAACUGCGCUUGAACCAGUCAGGAGCCGGCGCACCAAGGUCGAUUUCGUCCAGGGAUGGGCAGACGAUGUCGACUUCAAGAAUAAGACCCUUACAGUUGAGCAGGCAGUGGACGAUCCGACCCAGGGUUUAGCAUUGACCAAAGAUCGCCAUGAAGGUGAGAGUCAAGAGGAGAGGGCGCUGGAGAAACAAUCAGAUGUGGAGAAAGGCAAGACGUUUGACCUCACAUACGACAAGCUCGUCGUUACGGUUGGCUGCUACAGUCAGACUUUUGGCACUCCGGGUGUCAAAGAGCACGCCUUCUUCCUCAAAGACGUGGGCGAUGCGCGUAAGAUUCGAAACCGAUUGCUUGCGUGUUUCGAGGCUGCAGCACUACCAACCACCCCGGAGGAGAUGAAGAAACAGUUGUUGAGCUUCGCAGUUGUCGGAGGUGGUCCCACUGGAAUUGAGUUCAGUGCCGAACUGCACGAUCUUGUCAACGAGGAUUUGGCCAGAAUCUACCCGGAAUUGAUCAAAUACCACAAGAUCACCGUCUACGAUGUGGCAGAGAAGGUCUUGCCCAUGUUCGAUGAGAAGCUGGCCAACUACGCGAUGGACAAGUUCAAGCGCGAGGGCAUUGACAUCAAGACCAAGCAUCAUGUCGAAGAGCUGAGCCGAGGCUCUCCGUUUGAGCGAAGUAACCUUGACGAGGACGAAUAUAACUUGUUCACGCUUAAGAUCAAGGAGGAAGGGGAGCUUGGUGUAGGCAUGUGCGUGUGGAGCACUGGCUUGAUGCAGAAUCCUUUUGUGCAUCAGGCUCUCAGCAACGUUCGUGCAGUACCAGACAAUCUGCGACUCGUCGAAUCAGCAGGGGAUCCCAGUUUCGCCAAAGACGUAGCAUGGAAGGUCAAGAAGGACGAGAGGUCUGGAUCGAUCAUUACCGACGACCGUCUGCGUUUGAAGGUUGUACCCCAAGGCAAGAACGACAAGCAUGUCGCAGCUGUCGUCGACGAUGUCUAUGUUCUCGGGGACUGCGGCAUCAUCGAAGGGACAACGUAUCCUGCUACAGCGCAGGUCGCUUCGCAGAAAGGUAUCUGGUUAGCCAAGCGACUCAAUAAACAGGAUCUGGACAAAGCUGGCUUCAAGUUCCGUGAUCUAGGAACUCUCGCAUACAUAGGCAACUGGGACGCUUUGUUCCAAGGUGGCAAGUGGGGGAGACUACAAGGCUAUAUUGCUUGGGCGAUCUGGCGUGGUGCAUACCUGACAAGGACAGUCAGCUGGAGAAACAAGAUCCUGGUACCGGUCUACUGGGCUGUCAAUUGGGUGUUUGGUCGUGAUAUCAGCCGGUUCUGAUUAAUGUGAAGCUAGGUGGAGAGUAUCGUGUAUCUGGUAGACUGUACAGUAAUGUUAGAAGGCGAGGUUGGCCUCUUGUGAGAAUAUCAUCCUAGAAUUCGGAAUGUACACCAUCGUGAACUAAGCUGACCUCUUUCGCUCACAUGGUUGUCUCUUUCGUGGUGUGGAGCUGACCUCCUUCCUCCAAACGAACAGGCAUUGGU